AUGAUUAACCAAUCCAGCUCUGUCUCGUUACUCUACGUAGUUGAAAUUGCGAAUUCUACCCAAAACGUAGACGUCACUUGGUCUAAAACCAUCUCUUCACAUUCCUUGACCAUCAAAAUCGAGAAUCUCAAAAAAGAAGAGCAAAAUAAUCAUCAUCAUCAGGUGAAGAUAGAUCUCGGGGGUUCUUCGUUUUGGGCAAAAAAGGGUCUAAAGAGCUUAGAGGCAAACGGCACAAGGGUCGACGUAUACUGGGAUUUUCGUCAAACCAAAUUCUCAAACUUUCCCGAACCUUCCUCUGGCUUCUACGUUUCCCUCGUGUCCCAAAACGCUGUCGUUUUGACGAUCGGGGACUUAAAGAACGAAGCUUUCCAGAGGACAAAGAAAAAACCCUCGGCAACUGAAGCUGCCUUGGUUUCCAAGCAAGAGCGCGUUCACGGGAAACGCGUUUUCUACACGCGCACGUCUUUUGGCGGUGAGGCUUCACGCCGCGAAAACGAGGUGGUGAUCGAGACUUCCCUGUCUGGUCCGAACGACCCGGAGAUGUGGAUCACGGUGGACGGUGUGCCGGCAAUUCGAAUCAUGAAUUUGAAUUGGAGAUUUAGAGGGAACGAGGUUGUGACUGUGAGUGAUGGUGUUUCUGUGGAGAUAUUUUGGGACGUUCAUGAUUGGUUGUUCGAAUCCUCUGGUUCGUCUAGCGGUUUGUUCGUUUUCAAGCCUAAAACUGGAUUUGAUUCUAAAACUCUUAGUUUUAAUGGCGGUUAUGGUGGUGAGAAUGAUGACUUUGGUGAUUGUGGUGAUGAUGAUUCGUCAACGAAGUAUUGCCAUGUUCUGUAUGCUGUGAAAAUUUGA